ACGACAACUUCGAAGUCCCGCCAACGAAGCACUGCUUAAAUCUCAAAUCAGAAGGCAAAUUGCUCUAAAACCCAUCAUAUUAUUUGAAAAUCCCAACAUUUUUAGGGGAAAAAGGAGAUGAAUUUGGGGGAUUUGCACAAAGUAUGGGAAAUAAAAGCACUGAAGAAACCGGGAGAAGAAGAGGCGAAGAAGUUCCUGGAGCAAAUCGCCAAACAGGUUCAGCCGAUCAUGCGUAAACACAACUGGAGAGUCAAGCUUCUCUCUGAAUUCUGCCCGAGCAAUCCGUCUCUAUUGGGUUUGAAUGUAGGGGGCGGCUUGCAGAUCAAGCUGAGGCUUCGGAGGCCGAAUAGGGAUUGGGAUUUCUUCCCUUUUGAUCAAGUUCUGGACACCAUGCUUCAUGAGCUUUGCCAUAAUGUUCACGGUCCUCAUAAUGCUAGUUUCUACAAGCUUUGGGAUGAACUAAGAAGGGAGUGUGAAGAGCUUAGAGCCAAGGGAAUAAGUGGUGCUGGACAGGGGUUUGAUCUUCCUGGUAGGCGUUUGGGUGGGUUUUCCCGACAACCUCCUCUUCCAUCUCUUCGCCAAACUGCAUUAGCUGCUGCAGAGAACAGAGCGCGUUUGGGCUCUCUGCUACCAUCUGGGCCAAAACGUCUUGGGGGUGAUAGUACAAUUAUGGAUGCACUUAGUCCAAUACAAGCAGCUGCAAUGGCUGCAGAAAGGAGAUUGCAAGAUGAUAUCUGGUGUGGUUCUCAUUCUUCUGAGGUUGUUGGGGACGAAGAAAGUUGCACUGGUUCAUUACAGGAAGGGCAAAGUUCAGUGAAGGUCAAUAGUGAUCUCAAUGGACAUGCUUCAGUUGCAAGCUCUCGAAAAAGAGGGCAUGAACAAGAUAAACUUCCUCCCUAUAAAUCUUCAGAUAAUCACUCUAAAUCCAAGUUUGUGGAUUUAACUACAGAAGAUCCAGAGUCUGGAUCUAUCCUUGAUCAUAGUGCUGGAUCAAACAAGCAAAAUUCUAAAUCCAAUAACAGUACCACCAAUCAGUUUUUGUCAAGUACCUCUUCAGCUAGAUCUAUGCGUAGUGAUGAUUUUCCACAUGCUCCAGCGGAACCUGCCAUGUGGGAGUGUGGAACGUGCACUUUAUUGAAUCCUCCAUUUGCCCCAUUAUGCAAGCUCUGUACUGCAGAAAAGCCCAAAGACAUUGGUAUAAAGCACGAAUUUUGGUCUUGUAAGUUCUGUACUCUGGAAAACAGUGUGAAGUUGGACAGAUGCUCAGCUUGUGACCAUUGGAGAUAUUCAUAUGGGCCACCAGUAUCGACUCAAACUCCUAAUCGAGGCACAUGAGAAGUGAAAUCUAGAUGGUCAUCAAUUCAGUCUUGUUCAACGUGCUAGCUCUUGGCUGGUAAAUUUUUUGAAUUGCUGCUUUCAAGAGAUAUGGAGCCCUCAUCCUGUGUCUUUUCUUUUGUUCUUGCCUAGCUUUCUAGCAAGUUUUUGGGCACUAAUUUUGUGGGGGUGUCUCUCUGCUUGUUCACCUAUGCCCUAAAAGUCUUCUAUAGUUAUAUAUAUCAAUGAACCACAACAUGAUUUCCAUAAAAAGGGAGAAUGGUGUGUGUGGAGUGUGGCUGAAGUUGUUUGCUUGCACUGCCCCACAAAAUUAAUGCUCAUGUGAUCUGUGGUACCAGAGGAUGAGCAUCACAUGCAAAAGCAAGCACUCUGGUUUUUCCCUUGUAAAAACAAUGAUGACUUACCAUAGGCAAACCACCUAUUUUAUGGCCUCAUUUUCCAAUAGCAAUUAAGCGAUUAGCCAUCU